GCGUUAUGGUCCUAAGGCUUUGAAAAGCAUUCGAGGGACGCGCCCGCUCCUGCCGUCGUAAUUUCCAGCGCGACGUGCUUACUCCGUUCGUGGCUUGGCAGCUCCACUUUUCUCCAUGUUGACUUCUGUCUCAGACGGGCAAAAGCCUCCAUCAGUUCCAGGCUUCCCUGCUACUCUGUUAACAACCAACUGAAAGAAGAUGGGUGGUGCCGCGGCCGCGUCGAGGGUGGAUUUGAUGGAGAGGAAACUGCAGAAGGGUGUGCUGGGCACCCCGUAUGCAAUGGCCCUGGUGUCUGCUGAUUCCCGCAUUGCAGAACUUCUCACGGAGCUCCAUCAGCUGAUCAAACAAACCCAGGAAGAGCGUUCACGGAGCGAACACAACUUAGUGAACAUCCAGAAGACCCAUGAGCGGAUGCAGACAGAGAACAAGAUCUCUCCCUAUUACCGGACAAAGCUGCGUGGGCUCUAUACAACCGCCAAGGCCGAUGCGGAGGCGGAGUGCAAUAUCCUCCGGAAAGCUCUAGAUAAGAUAGCAGAAAUCAAGUCUCUCUUGGAGGAAAGGCGGAUCGCGGCCAAGAUUGCGGGCCUGUACAAUGACUCGGAGCCCCCUCGGAAGACCAUGCGCAGGGGGGUGCUGAUGACCCUGCUGCAGCAGUCGGCCAUGACCCUGCCCCUGUGGAUCGGGAAGCCUGGUGACAAGCCCCCGCCCCUCUGUGGGGCCAUUCCAGCCUCUGGCGACUACGUGGCCAAACCUGGAGACAAGGUGGCCGCCCGGGUAAAGGCUGUGGAUGGGGACGAGCAGUGGAUCCUGGCCGAGGUGGUCAGCUACAGCCAUGCCACCAACAAGUAUGAGGUAGAUGACAUCGACGAAGAAGGCAAAGAGAGACAUACCCUGAGCCGGCGGCGCAUCAUCCCACUGCCCCAGUGGAAGGCCAACCCCGAGACGGACCCUGAAGCCUUAUUUCAGAAGGAGCAGCUCGUACUGGCCCUGUAUCCCCAGACCACCUGCUUCUACCGUGCCCUGAUCCACACGCCCCCACAACGGCCCCAGGAUGACUAUUCAGUCCUGUUUGAAGACACCUCCUAUGCGGAUGGUUACUCCCCUCCCCUCAAUGUGGCCCAGAGGUACGUGGUGGCUUGUAAGGAGCCCAAGAAAAAGUGAAGUGGGCUGGCAGACUCCAAAUCUCCUGCCGUCCUCACAGGGGACUGCAACAGAAGAUUUUGUGAUCAAAUAAAUAUUGUUCCCCUUUG